GUAGAGGGAUCGGAGAGUUUUGAUGCUUCGGGAGAGUGCUCUGACAGUCGGAAGCACCGCAUAAGUUUAUUUUUCACCUGUGUUUUGAAAGAAAAUUAUUGGAAUAGACCGAAAGUUAUGGAUUUCACGAUACCCCACCUCUGCUGUGUAUUGAUUAGUCUUAUCGCAGGUGUAGCCCAUGGCCUGGAGAUCACGUCCCAGGGACCCACGUCCAUAGAGAAAGCCAGCAGUGAGAGUGUCAAGCUGGAUUGCCAGUUUUCUCUGGCCCCCGUGGACUCUGGCCCCCUGGACAUCGAAUGGAGCUUGCUGGCCUCCGAUAACCAGAAAGAGGACAAAGUGGUGAUCCUGUACUCUGGGGACAGGGCCUAUGAGGACUACUACCCUGCAGUGAAGGGGCGGGCCCACUUCAACUCACCCGACCCGAAGAAUGGCGAUGCUUCCAUCAACCUGACUGGUCUGAAGUCCUCAGACACGGGGACCUACCAGUGCAAGGUGAAGAAGGCCCCGGGCAUCCGCAGCAGAAAGAUGCUACUGACCGUCAUGGUGAGGCCGUCCAAGCCCAGAUGCUCUACUGAAGGCCCCACCCAGGAGGGUAAGGACGUGGUGCUGAGGUGUACAUCCAGUGAGGGGACCAACCCCCUGCAGUACACCUGGGAGAAGACCAGCGACAGCAAGAUUCUGCCUGCCUCAGCCGUGCUAGACCCUGUGGGAGGCACCAUGAAUGUAAGGAACGCGUCCACCAGCUCCUCAGGAACCUACCGCUGCACAGCUAAGAACCGCGUGGGCAUGGAGGAGUGUAUUCUACAGCUUGGCAUCACUCCCCCACCCAACACUGCUGGUAUCAUAGCUGGAGCCAUCAUCGCUGUGCUGCUGGCCCUCAUCAUCAUCGCCAUCGUCCUCUUCUGCUGCUGCCGCGCCCGCCACAGGAAGAAGUACGAGAAGGAGAUCUCUUACGAGAUCAGAGAGGACGUUCCCCCUCCGAAGAGCCGCGUGUCGACGGCUCGCUCUUUCACCAGCGUGGGCAGCCAGCGUUCCUCCCUGGGCUCCAUGUCCCCCUCCAACCUGCACGAGUACGCCCUCAAGCCCCAGUAUGACAAGAUCCCCUCCGUGGAGGAGUAUGAGAGGCCCCCCAGCCACACACCCCUGCCACCGCCUGUCGCCAGCAAGAUAGCCGGCCGUAACCUCAGCCGCAUGGGCGGCAUCCCCGUCAUGAUCCCCGCCCAAAACAAGGACGGCUCCAUUGUGUAAUGGAGAGAGAGAGAAGGAGAAAGGGAGGGGUGGGACUGGGGGACACUAGCCAGAGAGGAGGUGGGGGGGCUGGUCUGGCAACUGGAGAAAUGAAGGGGUGGGACUGGGGGACACUAGCCAGAGAGGAGGUGGGGGGCUGGUCUGGCAACUGGAGAGAUGGAGGGGUGGGACUGGGGGACACUAGCCAGAGAGGAGGUGGGGGGCUGGUCUGGCAACUGGAGAAAUGAAGGGGUGGGACUGGGGGGACACUAGCCAGAGAGGAGGUGGGGGGCUGGUCUGGCAACUGGAGAAAUGAAGGGGUGGGACUGGGGGACACUAGCCAGAGAGGAGGUGGGGGGCUGGUCUGGCAACUGGAGAAAUGAAGGGGUGGGACUGGGGGACACUAGCCAGAUAGGAGGUGGGGGGCUGGUCUGGCAACUGGAGAAAUGAAGGGGUGGGACUGGGGGACACUAGCCAGAGAGGAGGUGGGGUGGCUGGGCUGGGGACUGGGCUGACUGAUUUUAUGUCCUCCACCACUCAUCAGCUGUGGUGCCGUACUGAGGAGAAAAGAGAUGCAGUACUGUACCAUAUCACAUCAGGCCCACUAUGAACUAUUUACUGAAGGCAAAAAACAACAGAGCCUUUUAUGAAUUUUUCUUCCUGAUCUUUCUGACAAGCAGACACAAAAAUACUAGGGUGGCUAGCUACAUUUUAAUGGUCAAUUCAGAAAGGUUGCUUUGUACAUAGUUGAAUGGAUGGUGAUUUUUAAUCUAGCUGGCCCUGUCCAUAGAGAUGUGUGCAGAGCCGACCAAGGUCUCUGAUUGGCCUAUGGUGGGUUUGUACUGUGAAAGUAUGACAGCUGUAUGCGUGUUUUUCUGGGCGUGGGAAAUGUACAGUCCUACUCCACAGUCUUUGAAUGAAAUGCCAAAAAUAUAAUCAGACAAAAGUUUUUAUCAAAUCUCUCAGUAACAUUUUUAAAAUAAUUUUGCAUAUUUGACAAUAACCCCUCCACACACACAUUUGUUAAAUCUAUUUUAAGAAUAGGGGUUGCUGAAGGGAUUUAAAAUUUCUGCUUUUCAAAUGAGUUUGUUGUCAUGUGGUUACCUUUAUAUAGAUGUUCAUUCCACUGGUUGGACUGGCUGGUGUAAUGGGCAUGUUUGCCAGCCCUGAGAACACUUGACCAGUUGAAUGGUGCAGCUUGGGCUGGGAGGGACGGACGGUCAGGGUUGGUUAAAGGCACGGGAGGAGGGAGUCACCCCAUCUUGUUAAGCCACCCCAUCUUGUGAUUGGUGGAUUGUUGUUUCUUUGCCGGGCUUACACCCCAUCUUCUCCCUUUCUCCCCGCCCCUCUCUACAAGUUCCUAGAACAGGCAGUGUUUUGGAGAAUAGGGGUGUGUGGCUUCACUGAACAAUCAUAUUUGAUUGUGUUUGACUGCCACCAGCUCAGGCCCCCAACCCUUCUGACCCUACCAGUACACCCCUCCCCCAACACACAUUUCUUAUUAGCAGGAUGACCGCGGUUACACUGUUCGCUAUUAUUAACCAUGUCUGUUGUUUAACCAUCCAACCCAAAGGUCUCCCCACAGUCGUUCCCAGGAAACAUUCUGGAUUUGGGACCGCAUACCUAGGAUUCAAUAUCACAAUGAACCACCUCUUUCAAUGGUCAUUAUUCAGUUUAGUGGUUCAUUCAUGCGUCACCAUUUGUGAAGGAUAAAUGAAGGAUGUACAUGUUUGUUACAGUAUGUUACAUGAUAUAUGGAAGGAAGUGGGUGUUAAGGGGAAGAAGUAAACAUUAGAAUACUGAGUCACAGGUGUUCACGGGUUUAGGCUACACCUACAGUAGAGUAACUGUUCUCUAGGGUUCCCAUGCUGUAGCUCUAUCAGUCAGUCAGUCACAACAGGCUGGUCCCAGUCUUACUCACAGCCCAAGUGCUUCUGCUCAGCCCAGAUGACUUGUUUCUGUGAUUGACAUCACUGUGCCUUGUUUGUACUGACUUGUAUCACACACACAUACUGUUGUUGCCACAGGCCCCUAAGUAGAUGUCUGUGUCUCAGUGGACACAGACACCUCUCUGGUUGUGUGCUAGCCUUUUAUCGUUGAUGUGCGCCAUACAUGUAUGUUUUGUAGCCAACUAUCAUUGCCAUGUAUGGUGCUUGGCACAAUAAUUGGCUUCAGUACAUAUAGUUUGGCUAUAAUGGAACUGUAGUCCCAGGCCUACAUCAGGCAUAAUAACCAGUCCACUUUACAUGGUUCUGUAUCCUGUGUAAUACUGCAUUGCAGUUUACAUUAGCUCUGUAUUUAAACUCUUGCAAUGUUUUAAAACAUUUCCCAAACAUUGAUUCAUACAGUUGUUGCUUCUUUUUUAAUUCAUUAUUUAAUGUUUCUGUUUUAUUUGUAUGAAGGAUUUGGUUGUAUGUGUAAAAGUGACACUCUCUAGAACUUAACCCACCACACUUACUCUAAUGCUAUGUAUGAUGCUCUGCAGUACUUUGCUUGGUUAAUGUGUAUCUAUAACAUGAUCUCUGGGCGUUAUCAAUAACAGUAGAGGGUGAAACGCCUGCUCAUUCAGCUUGGCACUACUGUAGCUCUGUUUCAGGAUCCACAUUAGCAUCUUAGUUAGAAUGAAGAUUAAUGAUUAUUUGAUGGAUCAGCCAUGUUAUGGAUUGUAUAAGUUUGACAUGGAUGUGUGUGUGUCCAGAUUCUAAAUAGUAUACUAGCAUGGUUAUUGUAACAGAGCCCAAUUCUGUGUGUGAAUAGAAUGUAGUAGAUUUGGGGUGGAGGUGAUGGGUGUAGAGCGCUUUCUGAAUUGUACAGUAGCCCCGCGCCUCUCCUCAUUGUGGCAGGUGUAACUUCACACCCAUGGGACAGCAGCCACAUCCUCCUGCUGCACUGAGGCAGGAUGUGAAGUAAAACCCACCCCAUACACUACCCCAAGGUGGAAAAGCUGUCAGUUCUCUCCAAGCCCAGGGAACUGUGUGUGUGUGUGUGUGUGUGUGUGUGUGUGUGUGUGUGUGUGUGUGUGUGUGUGUGUGUGUGUGUGUGUGUGUGUGUGUGUGUGUGUGUGUGUGUGUGUCUGGAGGGGGCCCAGAUAUAUAUAGAUAGUAUUUUAGUAGAAUAGACUUUCAACUGCUGACAAACUGUACAGAGUCAUUAGGGAGUCAUAUUGUACAGUCCCUCAACUCUGGAAAUUAAUGAUUAGAACUACUAACAUGAUAUUUACUGUAGCUUUUAAAAGAAGUAUACUAAUAUUGUAUGAAUAUUUUUAUUUCGGGGGUUUGUUUGCACAUUGUGUGAUCAAACCUGUUUUAAUUUUUCUUGGUGUGUCAUUUUUGUGCUGUAUUUUUAAAAUAAUAAAAGGACAUCAAAUGAAAAAAA